AUGACAGAAGUGACACUUGGUAAACCAACAGGCUAUGGCCCCAAUGCACGGCGGUCACGUGGCAUUGUGGACGAGUGCUGCUUCCAAAGCUGUGAGCUGCGGCGCCUGGAGAUGUACUGUGCACCUGUCAAGCCUAACAAGGCUGCCCGCUCUGUGCGGGCCCAGCGCCACACAGACCUGCCCAGAGCACCAAAGGUUAGUACCGCAGGGCACAAAGUGGACAAGGGCACAGAGCGUAGGACAGCACAGCAACCAGACAAGACAAAAAACAAGAAGAGACCUUUACCUGGACAUAGUCAUUCUUCCUUCAAGGAAGUGCAUCAGAAAAACUCAAGUCGAGGCAACACGGGGGGCAGAAAUUACAGAAUGUAGGGAAGAAGCGAAUGGACAAAUGCCCAGCUGCUUGGGAAGAGAGAAGGGAGUGGCCUUACCUGGUACCCCUGUGGAAUGGUUCACUGAAAAACAAAAAUGAUGCUAACAAAGGUCCGGAAAGCUCUUCAAAAUGAUUAAAACCUGAAAGCUAAGCUGUGUUUAAGGGUUUGAUGAGGAAUCUUGUGAUUAUUUUAUACACUGCACCAAUCCAUAUCGGGAGGAAUUCUUUGUUAAUGCAAUGUAAAAGAUUAGUUUAGCUGCUGAGGCACAAACAAGAGCUUAUUAUGCCUCCUGCAGCAUCCCCUGGCUUCAGAAAAGGUUUGAAUGGAUCUUAGCAUCAGCCAAUCAGAGAGCAGCAGGCUGUGCUUCUGAAUGAGUUGUCCAUCCUGUCCCCUGAACUUAACGGAGGUAAAUUAAUUCAGUCUGAGAGAGUGGAUUCAUUCACUCCUUUGGUUUCACAGGAUACUUUUUCACCGGUCAUAACAGUUACUACCCCAGUUAACAUCUGGUUAUCUUAUGUCAGAGUUUUUAUGCAGCAUGAUGAUUAUUACAAUCAAGGUUUGCUUUAAAGGACAAAGACCAGGUGGUUUACUUUUAACAUUUAAACAUUGUUGUAGUAAUAUUUGGGUCAAAUUAAAAUCCCUAAUUCUUAUAGUCUAGCACAGUGUUUCUGUCAAGGUUAAAGGUCCCUCGAAAUCUUCAGGAAGUGUUAAAAACCUGAAGAUUGAGUGUAAAAUCCAAAAACUUCUAUAACUACAAACAAGCCCAAUUGGAGAGGAAUUUAAGGAAGAUUAACCUGAAGAUAAAUUGAUAUUUAGUGUAUUGGCUAUUCAUUAAAUGGUGCUUGUGUGGUUUUAGAAAGGGGUCGUUCAGUGGACUCAAAGUGCAUUGGACAUACGUCAGUGGAAUAAGUGGAAUUACGAUAAUCAGGCAAAAAUGUUUGUUGUGGCCAAAUCACAUUUUUUGUCAACAAUCCAGUCCCUGAGUGGAGGCCUGUGUUCAAGGUUAAGCGCAAUUCAUGAAAGUUUAGUCACGGCAAGUCAACAAGCUUUCAAAAAAAGAGUAGAACAUUGUUCUGGAACAAUAUUUUCCCAAAUCUGUCAACACCUGAGUUUGAAGCAAAAGAAGGUGAGGUUCUUCCAAUAGGGGCAAAGAUGGGAGGUUUAAAGAUAGAUAUCAAUCUUGGGCUGAUAUAUUAUGUUAGUUUCUACUUCAGUUGUCGCUUGGACUGCUUUACCUGCCAUUACGGCUUGGGAACAACAAAACUCCACAGCAUCUGUUGCAAAGUCCACCUGAAAAAUCAAUUUUGUUAAUAUUGCAAAUCAAAAUAAGAAGUCUUCCUGGAGAUAUGAGAUACAGCACGCAUUUAACAAACCCACA